GCCGCCGCCGCCGCGGGCCCGAGAGAGCGCCGAGCUGCCGCUGCCCGCCGGCUGGGAGGAGGCGCGCGACUACGACGGCCGCGUCUUCUACAUCGACCACAACACGCGCCAGACGUCGUGGAUCGACCCCCGCGACCGGAUAACAAAGCCAUUGACCUUUGCUGAUUGUGUUGGUGAUGAACUUCCUUUAGGAUGGGAAACUGUAUAUGAUAAACAAAUUGGAAUUUAUUACAUGGACCACAUAAAUAAGCUUACCCAGAUUGAGGAUCCAAGAGAACAGUGGAGGCGAGAGCAGGAGCGGAUGUUGAAGGAGUAUUUAAUUGUAGCCCAGGAGGCUCUCAAUGCCAAGAAAGAAAUCUACCAGAUCAAGCAGCAGCGGUUGGAGCUGGCUCAGGAGGAGUACCAGCAGCUGCACACACUAUGUGAGGAUGACAGCCGCUCCUAUGCCAGCUCCUUCUCUGGAUAUUCAGCAAAUACAAAGUAUGACCCACACCAAAUUAAAGCAGAAAUAGCAAGUCGUCGGGAUAGGCUUUCCAGAUUAAAACGGGAGCUGGCCCAGAUGAAGCAGGAGCUGCAGUACAAAGAAAAGGGCGUGGAGACCCUGCAAGAGAUUGACCGGAAGAUGUCAAGCGCUCAUACAAACUACAAACUAGAUGAGGCACAGGCUAUAAUGAGUGAGCUCCGCACCAUCAAGAAAGCCAUUUGUACAGGCGAGAAGGAGCGGCGGGACCUGAUGCAGAGCCUGGCCAAACUGACGGAUAGCUUCAAGAAUAGCUGCUCCCUUGGUGACUUCCUCCCUGAUUUACCUUCCAAUGCCGGUGCACUUGGUGAUUCAGGGGCAGCACAUCACUUCUGCGAUGCUGGCUCCCAGACUGAAGCCAUAGGGGAGUUUGUCUUUGAUGAUAAAACAAGACUUGUAGACCGAGUCAGACUUAAUUGGCAGUAUGAAGAAGCCCGAAAGAGAGUCUCAAAUAUUCAGCAGCAGCUGGCCCAGCUUGCUAAUGAGUCCUGGCCCGGCAUGGCCGAGGCUGACAGAGACCGGCUGCAGCUCAUCAAAGAGAAGGAGGCCCUGCUUCAAGAGCUGCAGCUCAUCAUUCAGCAGCGGAGGUCAACCGAAGACGUGGCCCGGCUGGAGGAAGAAAAGCGGCGCUUGGAGGAGGAGAUCCAGCGGGCGCGGGCCACAUCCGCACAGGGUGCUACAGAAAGGAUUCUGCUUCAGGAAAAAAGAAAUUGUCUACUUAUGCAGCUGGAAGAAGCCACCCGCCUAACUUCAUAUCUCCAGUCCCAGUUAAGAAGUCUGUCUGCCAGUACCCUGACUGUGUCCUCUGGGAGCAGCCGCGGGUCCCUGGCCUCCAGCCGGGGCUCGCUGGCCUCGAGCCGAGGUUCCCUGAGCUCGGUCAGCUUCACCGACAUCUAUGGCCUCCCGCAGUACGAGAAGGCCGAUACUGAGUGCGGCCAGCUCCUGCGCUUUGAUCUGAUUCCCUUCGACACCCUGGGACGCGAUGUCUCCUUUGCAGACCCACCCAGCCACUCGGGCUUCCACAAGCAGAGGCGGUCCCUGGACACACCCCAGUCCCUGGCAUCCCUGUCUUCCCGCUCCUCCCUAUCUUCUCUGUCACCCCCCAGCUCGCCCUUGGACACGCCCUUCCUCCCAGCUUCACGGGACUCGCCUCUGACGCAGUUGGCAGAUGGUUUUGAGGUGCCAGGCCUGGGUGCUCUAGACAGACUUCGGGCACAGGCCUCUGCAUUGGGGGAUGAAGAUUUGCCGGGCUCAGCGCCACUUCAGCCACAUGGAUUUCCUGGGGAGAAGGAAGGCCCACGUGAGCGGGGACCCCCAGGGGCUGGAGCCCCUGCCGCUGGAACAGUGACUCUCCGGGAAGACAGCGCUAAGAGACUGGAGAGAAGAGCACGCCGUGUCUCUGCCUGCCUGUCGGAUUACUCACUAGCGAGUGACAGUGGGGUAUUUGAACCUCUCACUAAAAGGAAUGAAGAUGCGGAGGAACCUACUUGUGCAGACUCCUGCGGAAACGAUGACCCUCAGAUCCACGUGGGAUUUCUGCAUGAUAGUGCCAGUGAAUGUCUCCUUGUGCAUGUGCUCCAACUGAGGAACUUCGCCAGGCUGGUGAUGAGAGAAGACUGCAAAAUCCACAUCCGCGUCUAUCUGCCUCCACUUGACUCUGGCACUCCCAACACCUACUGCUCCAAGACUCUGGAAUUCCAAGCCCCGCUGGUGUUCAAUGAAGUGUUCAGAAUCCCUGUGCAUUCCAGCAUGUUGACAUUAAAGUCACUUCAGUUAUAUGUGUGUUCUGUGAAUCCGCAGAUGCAGGAAGAAUUGCUGGGCAUUGCUCAGAUAAACUUGGCUGACUACGACAGUUUAAGCGACAUGCAACUGCGCUGGUACCCAGUGCAGGUCUUUGCCAGCUCCGAGCCACCCAGGACAAAGGAGAACGGGCGUUCAGGGGACAGCGCCACCUGGGACCCUGUGCAUGUCAGCUCUGGGAAGACGGACGCAGUGACGGCACUGCUGGCCAGAACCACCGCCCAGCUGCAGGCAGUGGAGAGAGAGCUUGCUGAGGAGCGUGUGAAGCUGGAGUGCACCGAGGAGGGCAUCCUGGAGAUGGAGCGGAAGGAAGAGCAGGCCGAGGUCGUGUCCGAGAGGAGCUGGCAAGCUGACUCUGUUGAUAGUGGCUGUAGCAACUGUACCCAGACCAGCCCCCCAUACCCAGUAGAGCCCUGUUGUGUCACUGUCAACUCCAUUCAUGGACACACAUUUGCUGGACAGACAGAUCCCUACAGCUCUGAGAAACGUCAGCCCCUGCCUAGUAAGGUUGACAAGGAAACCAACACAGAAGAUCUCUUCCCAGAAGAAGCAGCAAGCAUCCUGAAGGAGCGACCCGGUCGCCGCGCCCGGGGUUCGCCUUUUGUUCGUAGUAGCACUAUCGUCCGUUCUCAGACGUUCUCACCUGGAGCGCGAAGCCAGUAUGUUUGCAGACUUUAUCGUAGUGACAGUGACAGUUCUACACUGCCCCGGAAGUCUCCCUUUGUCCGAAAUACUCUGGAAAGACGAACCCUUCGCUAUAAACAGUCCUGCAGGUCCUCCCUGGCCGAGCUCAUGGCCCGCACCUCCCUGGACCUGGAGCUGGAUCUCCAGGCAUCAAGAACACGGCAGAGGCAGCUGAAUGAGGAGAUCUGUGCCCUCCGUGAGCUGAGGCAGCGUUUGGAAGAUGCCCAGCUCCGAGGCCAGACCGACCUCCCGCACUGGGUGCUUCGGGAUGAGCGAUUCCGCAGCCUACUGAAGGAAGCAGAGAAGCAGACAAGACAGACCAAACUUGACUACCAUCAAGAGCAAGCAGCUGAGAAGAUGCUAAAGAAGGCCUCCAAAGAGAUCUACCAGCUGCGUGGGCAAAACCACAAAGAACCCAUCCAAGUGCAGACCUUUAGGGAGAAGAUAGCAUUUUUUACAAGACCAAGGAUUAACAUACCUCCUCUCCCAGCCGACGACGUUUGAUGUAGUGCGUUGUGCACAUGAAGUAUUUAUCUGCCUGUUUUAUUUUCAUGAAGUUCUUAGAUUAGCUAAAUUUGUCUUUUAAAAUAUUUGUGCAAAGCUAUUAAUAUACACAUUUUGUAAAGAAACAUAUAUCUAUACAUAUAUAUUUUAUAAUAGUGACGGCAACAGGGCUUGGUUUUUCCUUGUUGUGAAAUCGACAUCUCUGAAGACAGGUUAUUUUAUAAAAGAUCAACUAUCAUGUUAAGAGUGUACAGUUUUUACGCUGUUUUAUUUGACUUAAAGGCUGGAAGACAGAAACGAAGUGAGUUCAGGCAAAUUCACUGUAUUGUAAUUUAUUUAUAGUACUUUUUUUCCUUGAAGGAAAAUACUGACUUUAAGAUGUAUUUUAAGACUGAAAUUUUGUUCUUCAGUAUUGUCAUGGAGUAGAAUGGGACUUGGGGCCGGUUUUGUUUCUGCCACCUGAAACGCAAACACUAUGUACUAAAUUUGUCACUUGUAUCCGUUUCUCAUAGGCUUGUGCCAUGUGUAUUGUACACUCUUGCUCUCUUUGUGUCAUGUUAACACAUCAGCUGCAGUGGUUCAGUCCUGAUUUAUAAACCGUGUGUGCGGUGUUGGGCGCAGUGUCCCGUGUGUACUGGGCACUGAUUGCUCUUCAUUGCUGUGUUGUCGUCUGAUGCAUCUUUUUGUGUUCCCACAAGUCUGAAGCCGGUGACAGAGCCUCCGGCGUCCCAGGUUUCAACCUGCCUGUCCACGGUGGCUGUCCACACUGCUUGCACUGGUCAGAUCGAGUGCACCCCCAACUCUCGCACUCACUCUCCAUCUCAUCCUAAGGGAAGAGGUGCGGAUAGGCUCCUGCUUCCGGAAGGAAAGUAUGAGGGAGCUUAGCGUGCACACUUGCAGUGUAGCCGAGGGUAAAGACAGCGUCACAGUAUAGACAUAACCUUGGAAGGUGCUUUUUUUUUGUGGAGAGAAGGACAUGCGGGUACCUCGAGUUACCCAAUGAGUCAUUUAUAGGAGAGUGUUUGAAUUCAAUCAGAACGCCCCCCCCAUAUUGGAGUCUACCCAGUGUUCUUCACCAAAUCGUAGAACUAGCUCAUGAGGGAAAAAAUUAAUGUAAUGAAAUAUGCCAUUCUUUUAAAUGCCAAGUGAUAGAAAUCGUUUGCCUCAUACAUAUUUUUUAUAUGUGAAAUGCACUCUCCUUUCUGAGACCUUGGAGGAGUGAAUGAGGUAGUCACAGGAAAUGUCAAAGAAAACAGAACAUUCUUUUCCUAGAUCUUUCUUCCCCUCCCCUAGAAAUGUCCCUUUUAAUCAGGUGUCUCUUCUCAUUGAUCUGUAACACCCUCCCUCCCCAUAUAACCCACUUUCCUUUUUACAUUUAUUAAAAAUGAAUUUUGUAAAAGCAUUUCAUUGACAUGCGACCAAUCACGGACAAAGGAAUUUGUUAGUGGUGGUAAGACUGAAAACUUUAUGCUUUUCAUGGAUGUCAUCUCUUGUUAUGUAUUCCUGCUUCUAGUCUUGCUUUUUUGCCUUUUUUUUUUUUUUUUUUUUUUGCCAAUUCCUUUUUGUACCAGCCCAUGACAGAGGUAGAGCCCCAGAGCAUCAGUUCUUUAGGAGAGCUGCCAGUCUGCAGACAACAGUGCUGAGCAGGCCCUCUCUCUGUGCCCCUAAGCUGUUGAGAGCUUAAACUCUAACAAGAGCCAUCUGCUGCUAGAUGCUGGGGUGUGUGCAGGCCAGAGUGUUCAAGUCUCACGUACACGGCUCCCUAGAUGUGGGACCGUGCCCUGGACGCAGGAACUCUGUACCACUUUUAGCAACUGCCCUAAGUAGCUCUCUGUAAGUGAGUUGGUGGGUUGAGACAACAUUUUUGCUAACCCCAUUAAGUUUUAAACCCAUUGGGCCAAUAGCAAAAGCCCCCUGACAAGAGCUUUCCACUGUCACUGCCCGGGUUAUGCAGAUGUCCAGGUGGACACCUCCAAGAUUUUUGUUUUUUAAAGAAUCUCACAUUUGCCCUGAAAAAAAACAGCUGCAGCCCCUGCUGUGCUGUCAGUCCAAGGAACACCUGUGUCUGCCAUCUUUCUAUGUCACCUCUCCCUGCCACCCCACCUGUGACUGCUUUUGCAGAUGAAUGGAACUCUAGCAAGGAAAGCAAAUGCAGACCAGUGAGAGAGGACAAGGGAGCGAUUCUGUGCCAUGCACGGCAUGGGAGGAAUGCUGCCCAAGCAAGCAGGAGGACACAAAGCACCCUCCUUCGCUUCUCAUUCCUGACUUGGUGACUGCCAGCUAGUUAAAACUGCCACACCCAGAAAACAGCACAUGUCUGCUUAAGGGGCAUUUUCAUCUGCUGUUAAAAUUUGUGCAUAUGUGGGGCCUUGCAAGAAAGGAAACUCUGCCAUGUUUUAGGAGCAGUUCUGGUCCAGAAAUGAUCAGAAUUCUGCCACCUGGGUUUUUAAAAACAGCACCAUGUGUAAAAGGGAAUUUGGUUUUUACUUUUAUCUAAUCACUGUAUUGUCAGGCUUUGAUUGAUAAUUGCUGAAAUAAGUAACCUUCUUUUGUGGGAAUAAGUUAUAAUCAGUACUCAUCUCUGUUUUUGUCACUGUUUUCUCUGAUUGUGUCAUUUGUAUUGUUUGAAAAUAUUUCUUCUAUGAAAUUAAACUAACGCCUUAAAAACAAA